CUCGUUCCUGGGAAUUUCUACGGCGCUAACCCUGACGGCAACCCUGAUAAGUUAUAUAAGAACCCAUGAGUACCCCCUCCCUGGAGCGGGAUCCUCCUGUCUCCAUCCAAACGGCAUUAGUCCAACUACACCUGGCCCGAUCUACAAGUGUACCUGCCUACAGAGUACUACUAUCAGGAUGGAGGAGCCCCACCAGACACGCUCUCGUGGCCUUUCACUAUCCCACACCCUCUCCUUGGGGUCUGCACAAGGGGAAGUUGAUCCCACCGAUCUGCCUUUCCGCUCGCUCACGGCCGACGCAAAUGUCGAAGAAUAUAUCACUGAAACCCAAGCGGGUGAGAUCGUCAAGCCCGUUCUUACCUCGGAUGGGCGCACGGAGGACUGGAAGUUGGUGACAUUCAAGAUCGACGACCCAGAGAAUCCUAAGAAUUGGUCCAAAGCAUAUAAAUGGUAUUGUACCAUGGUAGUUGCCUUCACAUGUUUCGUCGUCGCCUUUGCCAGUAGUGUUAUCACGGCCGAUAUCGACGGCCCAGCACAGUCGUUUGGUGUCUCUCAUGAAGUCAGUCUUAUCGCCGUUACUGUUUUUGUUAUCGGAUUCGGUGUUGGUCCCAUGGCUUUCGCUCCCGCGUCCGAAAUGAUUGGCCGCAGACCGGUUUACGCUGUCACCCUUCUCGUGGCCGUCGUCUUUAUUAUUCCAUGCGCCGUCGCCCCUAACAUUGGAACCCUGAUCGUCUGUCGAGCCAUCGACGGCAUUGCCUUCAGUGCCCCCAUGACCCUGGUUGGCGGUACUUUGGCCGAUUUGUGGAAGAAUGAGGAACGUGGUGUUCCCAUGGCUGCCUUUUCAGCGAGUCCUUUCUUGGGCCCUGCCAUCGGUCCUCUUGCUGGUGGGUUUCUGUCUGAUGCAGCGGGCUGGAGGUGGCUCUACUGGCUGCUGCUGAUUCUCGCCUUUGUUGCCUGGUGCCUGAUCACCUUUACUGUCCCGGAGACCUACGCCCCGUCGAUCCUCAAGAAAAGGGCCAAGAAGUUGAGGAAGACGGAAAACGACCCUAGAUACGUUACCGAAACUGAACUUGAUCCUCGACCGCUUGGAGAGCGGCUACGCGUCUUCCUCUUCCGUCCGUUCCAGCUUCUCUUCCUGGAGCCCAUCGUCUUGUUUAUCGCGAUCUACAUGUCUGUCCUCUAUGGGCUGCUCUACAUGUUCUUCGUCGCAUAUCCCGUUAUUUAUCAAGUUGGCAAAGGUUGGAGCGCUGGAUCGACGGGUCUCAUGUUCAUUCCUCUGGCUCUUGGCGUCGUGAUGAGUGCCGCUUGUGCUCCGUUCGUCAACAACCACUACCUAAGCCUGUAUGCCAAGUACAAUGGUAAACCUCCCGCUGAAGUUCGCCUCAUUCCCAUGAUGUUUUCCUGCUGGUUAAUCCCGAUUGGAUUGUUCAUCUUCGCUUGGACAUCGUACCCCCAGCUGCAUUGGAUCGGACCUGCCAUUGGUGGCUGGCCAGUCGGAUUCGGUUUCAUCUUCCUGUACAACUCUGCCAAUAACUACCUUGUCGACACAUACCAACACCAGGCUGCCUCUGCCCUUGCCGCUAAGACCUUCCUUCGUUCCAUCUGGGGUGCGUCGACGGUCCUAUUCACCGAGCAGAUGUACAAACGAUUGGGCGACCAGUGGGCUAGUUCGCUUUUGGCCUUCAUUGCGCUUGCUUGCUGUGCCAUUCCAUUCGUUUUCUGGUUCAAAGGAGCUGAUAUUCGUCGUUUCUCCCGAUUUGCCUUCGCGGAUGAUGAUGAAGAGCAGGCAAACGAGAAGAAGUAAACUUGUCGACAAAACUCUCCUCAAUUUGAUACCGACCCUUUUUUUUUUUUU